AUGGUAAAUCGAAAAACUGGAAAAUUUUCUAUGGAAGUAAAGAAGACAGUGGACAAAGGGAAACGAGUCUUGGUGAUGACAAACGACUACUACUACACAGACAUCAAGGGCACCCCAUUUAGCUUAGGAGUGGUUCUUUCAAGAGGACAUGGCAAAUAUUUCUUCAGAGGAAAUGUCACAGUAGAAGAAGGUUUACAUGAUUUAGAACAUCCCGAUGUUUCCUUAGCCGAUGAGUGGACCUACUGCAAUACUGACUUGCACCCAGAACAUCGGCACCUCACACAGCUGAAAGCUAUUAAAAAAUACCUCACAGGAAAAGAGCCAUUAUUAGAAUGUGACAAGGAGCUUAUACAAGAGGUUUUGUUUGAUGCGGUGGUCAGUGCUCCACUGGAAGCUUACUGGACCAGCCUGGCACUAAACAAAUCGGAAAAUUCAGACAAAGAUGUAGAGAUUGCUUUCCUGGGAACGCGCACUGGACUCACUCGUGUGAAUCUUUUUGUGGGACCAGAGCAGCUCACUUACAAAGAUUUUCUUACAUCCGAGGACAGAGAGAGCAUUUACAAUGCCGACCACUUCCCCCUGUGGUACCGCCGAGCUGCUGAACAAAUUCCCGGAAGCUUUGUGUACUCCAUUCCAUUUAGUACAGGUUCAGUGAACAGAAGUAUGGUUGUUACCGCCAGUACAGCCAUACAGCUUCUUGAUGACCGAAAAUCACCAGUGGUGGCAGCUGUCGGAAUUCAAAUGAAGCUUGAAUUUUUCCAAAGAAAAUUCUCAAUUGCCAGCAGACAGUGUGCGUCACUGGAUGGGAAGUGUUCACGAACUUGUGAUGACGAUGUUUUGAACUGUUAUCUCAUUGACAAUAAUGGCUUCAUCCUGGUUUCUGAAGACUACAGACAGACUGGGCGUUUUUUUGGAGAAAUUGAAGGUGCCGUGAUGAACAAGUUGUUAACAAUGGGUUCAUUUAAAAGGAUAACGCUUUAUGACUACCAAGCCAUGUGCAGAGCUAAUAAGGAGAGCAGUGACAGCGCCCACAGCCUGCUCGAUCCCUAUCAUGCCUUGUUUGCUGCUGUAAAAUGGAUAAUGACAGAGCUUAUCCUAUUCCUGGUGGAGUUCAAUCUAUGCAGUUGGUGGAACUCAGGCCAUUCUGUGAAAGCUCAAAGGCUAAAGCAGACUCUGGAGCCCUGUGAUACAGAAUAUCCAGCUUUUGUAUCUGAGCGGACCAUAAAGGAGACUACGGGCACCAUUAACUGUGAAGACUGCACCAAGUCAUUCGUCAUUCAGCAAAUCCCCAGUAGCAAUCUCUUCAUGGUUGUGGUGGACAAUGUCUGCAGCUGUAGCAAUGUGGCCCCAAUCACUAUGGCACCUAUUGAAAUAAGAUAUAUCCUUUACUCUAAGAACCACCAAGGUGUUUUUCCACUAGAAGAUGUGACAAAGGUCUUCCAUGGGAUCAUAUGGAGACUGACACCACCAGCCCUUUACUAG